AUGUUAAGUGGUGAAAUAAGUGCUGAACAAAAUAACAUUUAUCAACAAAUAAAAGAUAUAUUAGUUACCCGAUUUGGUAAAAUAAGUGAAGGUGUUAUUGGUGAAACUUGGGAAUUAGUUAUAGCAAAAAAGUGGGAUCCAGUUAGUAAAAUUUUUCAAAUUUGUCAAUACGCAGAUAAGUUACGUGUUGAGCUUAAUUCAACGUUUGAAGAAGAAAAAUCUGCAAACCAGAUAGAUGCUGCGACAUGGAUCUAUCAAGCUGAAUGUGCUUUUAAAUUAGAUAAGGUACUUGAAGAAGAAAAACUUGACAUAUUGUUAUUUAAAUUAAAUUUACAAGUAGUCAAAGAAAUCAGAAAAUUAAAUAUUGAUAAUUUAGAAGAUCUGUUAGAUUAUUUGAAAGAAACUAUAAUGAUUCUUAUGAUAGAGAAAAAUCUUGAACAAUCACUUCUGAAGUUGGCUAGUUUUGUUAAAACUGCACACCCAAAGUUGGAUGAAGAAGAAGUUAGUUAUGAAAUACAUACUAGAAUUAUCACUUUAAUUCAUCAUAAUAAAAUGUUAGCAAAUGUAGUUGGGUUUUCUUUAGGUAAUAGAUCAAUUAGAGAUCUUAUAACAGAAAUGUGUACGGCCUUGGCAAUGGAUAAAAUCAAUAAAAAUGUUAAAAAUAAAGGAAUCACUCAUAUACCUUUUUCUUCAAAUGAAAUUAAAUCAUGUAAUUUUUGCAAAAAAGUGGGUCAUGUGGAAUCACAAUGCAAAAAGAAAACUAAUUCUUGUUUUAAAUGUGGUUCUUUGAAUCAUAAAAUAGGUUCCUGUUCUAGCAAUGAUUCUGAUAAGAAAAAAACAUCUAUUUCCAAAGUCGAAUGCAAUAAUAUUACAGUUACUUCUGAUAAAAAAAAUAAUAAGCAAUUGAAAAUGAAUAAAAUUUUAAAGUGUGGAACGAGAAAUGCUAUUGAUUUUAUAGUUCCAAUACAUUUUGUAAAUGAUAUUACAGUAUUGUCUAUGCUUGAUUCUGAUGCAGAAAAAUCUUUAAUGUCUGAAUCUCUUUAUUUCAAACUUGAUGCUUGUCUUAAUCCUGUUAAUGUUUUAAUAUCAUGUGCGAAUAAGUCUGCUAUUACUUAUCUUGGUGAAUCUGUAUUGCGUGUUAAAAUUGGUCCGUUAUUACAUGACGCAACAUUCUUUAUUGUCAAACAUUCUGAAAUUCCGUCUGAUAAAUUUACUUGUUUACUUGGUAGAGAUUUUCUUUCUCAAAUAAAAGAAAUUUUAGAUUAUGAAUUGGGAGAAUUAACUAUGAAAGGUUGUUAA